CAGGCCGACUGCAGCAGUAGGCUGCGUGCGUGUGUGUGCGCGAGUGCACGCACAGGAAGCAACAGCGGGGGGUUUGGGUAGUGUGGUGUUGGGACUUGAAAGCGCCGUCCAACACGUGAGGCUCAUGUGAUGGACUUCACAGUCGCGCAGUGUGUAGGGAGCCUGCAGUCACAGGACUUGUUCCGCACGUAGGCAUCGAGCCACCCGCCCAUUCCUGGCUGCAGACGAGCAGAAGGGUGACGAGCACUCAAGGAGGUGGCCGCAACUUGAAGCUCCCAGGAGAGGAGGGACUGAAUUCGGACGUCAUUUUUUUCCCCUCCGCUGUGGAUCUUUUUCUUUUGGUGGCGUUUUCGGGUUUGUAUUUGAGCGACAUGGAGGGAAUUACGAGGACGCCGCCGCCGCCAUGUGUGCCCAAACGGCCGUCGCUGGAUAUCGCUGACAUGCAGGGGAUGGGCUUUCCGAUUUACGUGUAUAAAUCACGGAGGGGGGUGAAACGCGGGGACGACACCAGGGAGACCUACAAGUUGCCUCAUCGACUAAUCGAAAAGAAAAGACGAGACAGAAUCAACGAAUGCAUUGCCCAGCUCAAAGAUUUGCUCCCAGAGCACCUCAAGCUUACUACGCUGGGUCAUUUGGAGAAAGCGGUGGUGCUGGAACUCACUCUGAAGCACGUGAACGCCUUGAACAGCCUGCUGGAGCAGCAGCAGCAGCAGAUCUUGGAGCUGCAAAAGGGCCUCCAAAUAAGUGACCACGGCAGUGACGGCCCAGAGGUCAGCGAGCAGAUGUUCCGUUCGGGUUUCCACUUGUGCGCCAAAGAGGUCCUCCACUAUUUGGCUCGCCGAGACACCAGCCAAGACCUGAUGCCGUCCCAUGUCAUCAGCCACAUCCACAAGGUCGCUUCUGAAGUACUGCAACGUCAAAGCGACGCGCUCGUCAGCGAGUCGGUCUUGCAUAGUUCGGAGAAAUUGAAGAAACCUGCAGAGCAGCCCCCCAGAGCCACUGAUGGGCCGUCCAAGAACUGCGUUCCCGUCAUUCAAAGGACUUGCCCAGGCGGGAUGGGGGAGCAGAGCGGCAGCGACACAGACACUGACAGUGGCUACGGGGGGGAACACGAGAAACGUGACCCUAAAGCCCGGCGCUCAGGUGGCCACGGGAAGGAGGGGGAGCUCCAGGCCACAAGGUCUGAGCAGACCGCUGAUGGCGUCAAGCACGAGGGGGGCGAGCCUCAGGCCAAGAAGUCUCGGUCUGAUUCCUCUGAGGAUAAAAGCCUCUCCGGUCCUCCAGCCGGAGCCGCCGGCAGCUACGUGGGUUUCUCCCCCAACCAGCAGCCAGUUUGCCUCCCUUUCUAUUUCAUUCCCCCUGCGGCUGCAGCAGCGGCGGCGUAUCUGCCCAUGCUGGACAAGUGUUGGUAUCCCGGGGGCAUGCCAGUCAUGUACCCUGGCAUGAGUUUACCCCCAGAGACCCUCUCCCCACCUCUGGUGAUGUCCCAGAGGGCGGGGUCGCCAGUUUCCCGCCAGAGCCCCAUGGACUCCCCUGUACUUGACAAACCUUUAAAACAGGUCUCCCCAUUAAACUUGGAUACUAAAGAGUAACAGAGUCAUUGUGUAACAGGAAAUCUUCAUGGAAAAGGGGGUAAACAAAACAAAUACAGCUGAUGGCCAUUGAGAGGUGCUGAACUUGUAAACUGCAAACCCCCUUCUAUCAUCUGCUCCUCUACGUGGAUUUUCAAGGGUCAUGCCCACCGGUUGCAUGACUUUGAAACACUGUGAACCUGUGGGAAUGAGUCUGGAAGAGGAGCAGAAACCCUAUUCUCUGCACUCUGUGUCGAAUGUCAAAGGUGAAUCCAGAAUGUAAGGGACAUAAACUCCCACCCCAGAAAAAAAGUAUGUACGAUUUCGACCUAUUUGCACACACAUACACACCAGUCUAUAAUGAAUGUAAGGAUUCAACUAAAGCCCCUUGUAUUAUACAUGCUGCUUGGGCUCCUCCGAUCUGCUGUAGAGCAACAGAUCUACUGAUCUUAUGUUUUUGUCUCAGAACUGCAACUACACAUCAUUUAUUCGUUGUUUAAAUCUGUUUUAUUUUUUUUUUUGCCAAAUUCCUUUUUUUUGUGUUGACCACAAGAUAUCACUCAUCCUUCAGUUAGCUUGGCAGAUAAACAUGAACGUUUUUCAAGAAUUCAGGGCGUUGUCACUGUACGAGGUGUGUCACUCAUGAUCUGUGAAAGUCAGCAUUUAUGCUUUCAGAUUUCCUUUUGACACGCGACUUCGGUGAGCAUCUACAUUAAUCUCCUGUCGAAUUGUGUUGUUGUUUUUUUUGUUGUUGUUGAUAUACUACUCUUCACAUUUCUAUUUUUGAUACGUGACCGAAUGAGUGUAUUUGUGUCGCUGUCCGAGGAAGGUUCAUGGUCGUCGUGUGCUGUACGCCAAACGUUGUUCAUAGCUUUUGUUUUCAUCCCCACAUUUGUGUUUCGCCCACAAAGUCACGAUGAAGCCCAGCCUGAUCUUUGUUGCCUUUGACUUAUUUUGUGCAGACACACUGGCAAUGUUUAUUUAGUUUUUUUUAAUGUGUUUUUCUUUAAAUGUUGUGUCUGUGGCAAAGCGUGAAUGUAAAAUUGAAACAAAGUAAUUUUUUUAUAGAAAGAGGUACUUGGGAUUUUUAUUUUUAAUUAUAACGAGCUUGUCGGUCGGAAUUUUACAAAGUUUUAUUGAUAUAUACUCAGAUAUAAAAAAGCCUCCCCCCCCAACCCUGUGGAAUCCACUGCCUGUUAGUGUACAAGUUGUGGUCGGCCAUCUUGACAGCUCUCCAGAGCAACUCAUGCUUACGUAACAAUUACAUAACCAAUAAAGGAGUCAAGCGGCUGUAAAUCAGUAUCUUGUCUUAGAUUACAAGCUGUAAACAUAUCAAAUUCUGAAACAUCUCAAAGGAACGAUGUGUCGAGUAAUUGGCAGAAAUGCACGGUCAAUCUUGCAGUUUGCACUCUUGGUUUAACCUUUUUAUUUUCUUCAGUAGAAGGUGAAACAUGACAUGAGUGCAAUGAAAAUAAAAAACUGAUGCAGCAAUGGAUGCUAUGGAUUAUCAACACGAGGUAAAUUUAGAUUUUAUGGAAAUAGAAAUAUUUGAAUAUCAUUUCCAUUUACGGACUGAAGGUUGUUUUGUAAACGUCACUUGUCUAUAGUUGAUUUGAAUGACUAUGAACCAACUCGUCCAUUAUUGAAUGUUUUAACGGAUUCUGCCCCUCAAAAAAAGAGCGUAUAGGAACAGUGUUCUUUUGACUUUGCACAUUUUUUUAAAUGUUGAUAUAAAGAAAAAUGGGAUGAGGAGCUGAUGAUGUCAGUUGUUGAAGCAAUGGUGUGGCGUAUAAUGAAACUUCAACUUUGUUCUGUUUUGAAACACACAUAAGUGGAAUAUUACCAACUUGAUAUCAGCUUUGACUCAAUUUUGUUUUGACCACAAAAAUAGGAAGACAAGCGCCAUCUAGUGGGAAACUAGCGCACAUCUGCUCACAGGUCCAUACCAACACGGAUCAGAUCGACAAGACGUGUGCAUCGUAUCGUUUGCGUCACUUCUCAAAAGUUGCUAAAGGUUUCCAGGCCAAUUUUAAAACUAUCUGCAUUUGUUGCUUCGCGCUUUUUUAUUGCUUAUAUUGUAUUAUGAAUUAAUAAAUAAUAACGCUAACAAUAAAAAC